AUGGAUACCUCAAAGCCCAUCAACCCUUCCGACCUCUUUUCAGCAAAGGGCCUCACUGUUGUCAUCACAGGCGGUGGAAGUGGUAAGCGACAGCCUGCAUCCCAACCAAACCUAUUUCUAACAUCCUGCNNAGGCAUUGGUCUUGCCUUUGCUACAAGUCUGGCUGGAUCUGGAGCCGAGAAGGUGUACCUACUCGGUCGCAGAGUCAAGAACCUCGAAGAUGCUGCCAAAUCAAUCAACCCCGAUAUCGUCAAACCCAUCCAAUGCGACGUUACCGACCCCUCCUCCGUCAACGCAGCUGUCAAGCAAAUCGAAAAAGAGUCCUCUCACAUUGACGUUUUGAUCAACAAUGCUGGUGUGCUUGGCCCAGACCACAAAGGCAUUGACAAAGCACAGAGUAUCCAAGAGUUGCAGGAGAUCAUGAAGAGAGACUGGUCAGGCUGGGACACUUCUUUCCAAACGAACACGUCUGCUAUUGUCAGCGUCAGUGCUGCUUUCUUGCAUCUGCUCGAUGCAGGCAACAAGAAGAGAGGUUGGGCCACGGGGAGAAGAGAAGUGCAAGAGAGGGCCGAAGGCGCAAACUACGAUGCGAACGAUCCGAGAACGAGUCAGAUCAUCACCGUCGCCAGUAUCGCAUCUUUCAACCGCUUCGUUACUGCCGGUCUGGCAUACUCGGCAACCAAAGCUGGUGCUGCUAUGCUGGGCAAGGCAUUGGCUACUUUGCUUGCUCCUUUCGGCAUCAGAAGCAAUGUCAUUGCUCCGGGAAGUGAGUAUAUCCCUGCGAUCAAGCUGUUACAUAGUAGAUUGACUCGACCCAGGNNAUUCCCUUCCGACAUGACCGCUGGAGACACCGGUUCAUUCCCCGUCACUCAGAUUCCCGCAAGCAGAUCUGGCUCGUACGAAGACAUGGCCAGUAUGAUCUUGUUCCUCGUUGGCAAGUCCGGAGCCUACCACAACGGCAAUGUACAAGUUAUUGACGGUGGUCGCCUGAGCAUGAUGCCCUCGACAUACUAA